CACAAAUGCCUCUUCAUGGCAUCCCUGUUCCUUCUUAACCAAACCGCUGGUGGGAGGACCUCGCCAUUCGCUUGCUCAGCCGCCUCUUUUUUGCGCGGACCCGUGGAGCAGAGGGUCUCUCGGCUUUCAGCUGUCCCCCAUCCCCCCCAUCGCUGUGGGGCUGCCGGAGCCGGGGCGAAGGGACCCUUUCAGAGUGAUGACCUUAGGAACUUGUCCCUCUCCGGCCACGUGGGCUUCGACAGCCUCCCUGAUCAGCUGGUCAACAAGUCAACAUCUCAGGGCUUCUGCUUCAAUAUCCUCUGUGUGGGUGAAACUGGCAUCGGCAAGUCAACGUUGAUGGACACUCUCUUCAAUACCAAGUUUGAAAGUGAACCUGCGACGCACAACGAGCCUGGUGUGAGGUUGAAAGCCAGGAGUUACGAGCUCCAGGAGAGUAAUGUCCGUCUGAAGCUGACUAUUGUUGACACAGUUGGAUUUGGUGAUCAGAUUAAUAAAGAUGACAGCUACAAGCCUAUCGUAGAAUAUAUCGAUGCGCAGUUUGAAGCUUACUUGCAAGAAGAGCUGAAGAUCAAACGAUCCCUGUUCAAUUACCACGACACCAGAAUUCACGCCUGCCUGUAUUUCAUUGCGCCCACUGGACACUCAUUGAAGUCCCUAGACUUGGUCACCAUGAAGAAGCUCGACAGUAAGGUGAACAUCAUCCCCAUCAUUGCCAAGGCUGACACCAUUGCAAAAAACGAGUUGCACAAGUUCAAGAGUAAAAUCAUGAGUGAGCUGGUCAGCAACGGUGUCCAGAUCUACCAGUUCCCAACGGAUGAAGAGACGGUGGCUGAGAUAAAUGCCACGAUGAGUGUCCACCUUCCUUUUGCUGUAGUUGGCAGCACUGAAGAAGUGAAGAUUGGGAAUAAGAUGGCAAAAGCCAGGCAGUACCCCUGGGGUGUUGUGCAGGUUGAAAAUGAAAAUCAUUGUGACUUUGUGAAGCUGCGUGAGAUGCUGAUCCGAGUGAACAUGGAGGACUUGAGAGAGCAGACGCACACCCGACACUACGAGCUGUAUCGGCGCUGCAAACUGGAAGAGAUGGGAUUCAAGGACACAGAUCCAGACAGCAAGCCUUUCAGCCUCCAAGAGACUUACGAAGCAAAGAGGAACGAAUUCCUGGGUGAGCUCCAGAAGAAGGAGGAUGAAAUGAGGCAGAUGUUUGUCAUGCGAGUGAAGGAGAAGGAAGCAGAGUUGAAGGAAGCGGAGAAAGAUCUUCAUGAAAAGUUUGACCAUCUAAAGAGGACUCACCAAGAAGAGAAGAAAAAAGUGGAAGACAAAAAGAAGGAACUUGAGGAAGAGCUGAACAGCUUUCAAAAGAAGAAGGCAGCAGCUCAGCUAUUACAGUCACAGGCCCAGCAGGCGGGUUCUCAACAAACCAAGAAAGACAAGGACAAGAAAAAUGCAAGCUUCACAUAAAGCCUGUCAAGCCAAGGAUGUUCCUGCAUUCACCUGCUUUUGCAGUAAUGUGUCUCUGCCAUCUGUUUUCUUUCUUUUAUCUUUUUUCUUUUUUUUUUUCUUCAUUUUUUAACAUGAAUAACUAUUAACUCAUCUAAUAACAUAGUGGGAACAAGAAGGAAGAAGGAUUGGGUACAGGACUGUAUGCAACUGGAUGUUCAGGUGUGGGUGGAGGGGCAAAGUAACGAUACCAUAUAUUCUUCUUGUCAAAACCAGCAGCAGCAAAUCAUUCUUGGCCCCAAAUUGGAACUGAGAGUCAGGGCUGGACAUCAGCAGCUCAGGUGAUCAUCACUGACUGGGUCAGGUCCUCAGUGUUGCUGGCAUACCCGGCUCUUGGAGGGCUGGCUGCAGCAGCCCUGGGCUGAAGGGGGUCCCUGGCUCUGCAGAAACCAGCCGCAGGGAAUUACUGGCUCAUAGCCCUGUCCCUGGUGUGGCUAAACCCUGAAGUUUAGUCCGACCCUAUUCCUUCAAUAGCUAAUGUGUCACAGCAAUUAUGAGUCCCGCUGUUGGGGGAGAGGGAGGGGGGGGUAUGUGUGUGUAGAUAACCAAAGUUUAACUGACCUUGCAUGCCAUUACAUUUGCAUGAUUUUUUUUUAUUAGUUCCUGUUUUUGUUGUCUGACUUGAUCAUAGUAGUUGGCUUGGAUUUAUUGUCAUGUGCUGGCAUAUUUUCACAGCCACCCUUCCAGUUCAGUGUAGUAGCUACCUGCUGAAUGCUGCGGUGGGAACCGAGCGGCACUGCAGGUGCCUGGGAGGACCGUACCUUAUUACUGCUUUCCAUGGGUUACUUGCCUGACCGUAACCUUUGAAACCUCACUUCAAAUAGUACCUGGUUUCCAAUGCGUGUGAUCUUAGGAAGACUUAGCAGUCCUUGUGGAAUCAAAUGCCUGGGUAAGGGGGAAGGCAUAGCCUUCAGCAUCCUCUUAGAGCCUUCAGGAGGGACACGGUUUAGUGAUGGCAGUGCUGGGUUAACGGUUGGACUUGGUGAUCUUAAAGGUCUUUUCCAACCUAAAUGAUUCUAUGAUUCUAGAAGGAUUCCUGCAUGCACUUAAAUACAGACUUGCAAAGCUGUGGGAUCCAGAAUUUCAUGUCACGGGAGAGAAGGUGCCUAGACGUACAUUCCCUACACUCCCCACCAGCCCUCCUGCGCCAGGGACAACGUCCCAUUCAGAUGUCCCUUGAAUGUGCAAAGGGGACUUACCAUCAGCUAGGCCUCGCUGCGUGGCCAGCACGGGUGAAUAUUGGUCUGUUUAAUGUGUAUUUUCUAUGCUAUUGCUUUUCGGACAGGCUCUUUCCCUUCCUUCCCAAGAAGUGGCGAGCCAUGCUUACUCUAUGACUUCUGGAUUUCUUUCUCUUCUGCUGAUGUACAGCCAGCAUUUCCACUGCUCCUAGCUAGGUAGUCUCCUGUUUCUUUCCUUAAAGCACUCUUAAACUCUUUCCACUUAAGUCUUGCACACUGCAGUUCUUUGCUUGUUUCUGGGAUGGAAUUUCUUGCCUCUCUGGGAGGGGAAAAAAAAAAAAGGCAGAAUUACCACCUUUUUUGGAGUGCUGGACUGUGAAAUGUGUUUGGAGGUUGGCCUUUGGGUUGUUUUGCUUUUUAACCUUCACUGCUUAAACAUGGCUUUGGGAAGAGGACAUCUAAAUACAGUGUCUUAGACAGACAGCAAAAAUUGAUUGAAGAUGAAUAAGCUGGAAAUGAAACAGUUGAGACUUUUCCUUUUUCUCUUCUGUUUUUUUUUUUUUUUUCAUGUGUUUGUUUUUUGGGUGUGGUUUUGGGGUGUGGUUUUUUUACCUGGUCUUAUUAAUCAUGAUGCAUUUUUUGUCAAGUUCAAUAGGUUUGCUAGGGAGUUGUUUGGAAAAAUGAAACUAUGGUUCUGUGUCUUCUGGCAAAUCAAGCUUUAAAAUCUUGAGUUAUCAAGGAAUAAGUUUGGAUUUUGUCAGGUUUUUUUACAGUGGCAUCAUAUGCACAUCACUGAAUACCUGUGUUGGUAUGCUGUGCUUCAGCUGUCUCUGUGCAUGUCCUCUUUUUAAUUACCGACAUUUUGUGCCAAGUAGAAAACUAAUUUUAACGUUUAUUUGUCCUGCUUCAUUUAACAGCCCUUCAAGGGACGUUUGGCAGGGGAAAUCAGCUAUGUCUAGCUAUACAUAUUUUUUAUUAUUAUUUUUUUAACAGAAAGCUGUGGCCAAGUGUGUUAAUGUAUUUUUGGUUGAGUUUCUUUCUCCAGCCAAAAGUAAGCUGUUUUGGAGAAACUGGGAAUAAACUGUGAACUUGCAGAAGUUAAAGGUACUGGUUUGGGUUUUUUGCCAAGGAGAUGUUAAUGACUUUUUUUUUUUUUUUUUUCCCCUUAAACUCCCAGGCCAUGUUUAGCUUGUUACUGCUGCACUUCUUUCUUUACUUAUGCCUUUUUUCACAGUAGCACCUGAUUCUGCAUGGAGCAAAUCAUACACUCACAUCUAGUUGGAUGUGCUUUUACCUUUGCAUGUAAGUACAGGAGUAAAAGACUCACCCUUUCUGCUUCACUACUGAUAUGAAACCAGGUGUGUUUUUUCUAGGGGGUGUGUCUUUAAGUCCGCUUCCUUACAAGUGGCAUGGUUAAAACUACUUUAAAACUUUCUGCAAUAAUCUGCUUUUGCCAAGAUGUUGGAAAGAAGCCGUAGGGAACAUGCCUUCCAGCUUCUGUUGGAUGCCUAAAGCAAUGCUGCGCAGCUUCUCUGCGUGCUUGAAGCUACCAGGCCAGCUGGUGGAACUGUGGGAGGCAGUUGCAUGGGCAGGAGCCUGGCUUGAGAGGCACUGCAGCCUUUAAUGUGCAUUAGGCAGUGAUGGUAACUAGCUGAUAAUGCCGAAUGUUCCUGACAAGGGGAUUUCAAACCUUAGGAUAAUAAAAAGGACCAGGAAAGCACACUAAAAUGUGUGUUUCUGGGAUGAUGGUGUUCCCAGGGCAUGGAGCGAACCCUCAGAAUGGGAAAACAUGCAAAAUCCAGGUCGCUGAGAGGGGCCGCGAUAGCUCUGUAGAGGUGGGCACGCGUGUGUCUGGCAGUCGGCCAAAAAGGCAGAGGUGAACAAGGGUUUGCUCCCCUAAAACCUCACUGGGGUUGCACUGUUCCUGUCCAGGAGGGCAGUAAGUAGGAAGGUGCCCUUUGAGCUCACAGGCGUUCCAUGCACCAUCACCUUGCAUCUCCUGCAGCGUGUGGUGCUGCCAGGGAGGGGGGGAACAGUGACGGACACCCACCCUGGGCUCCCCGCCAGCCCGAAAACUGCAGCUGGUGUCACCCCCUCUGUGUGCUUUUGACAGCUUGACAUCCUGUCGAGGAGAUUUGGAUUUCUGUGUCUCUCUUCCAGCGUGUCUUUAUUUAACAUGACCAGUGUUUCUCCAGGUAGCUCUCAUUCAGCUUCUCCUAAAACGUCCAAGUGAAAAUGGAAAUGUCUUUUUGUUUGUGAUCAUAUCAGAUAAUGUCCAUUUGAAUCCAGUUACCGUUUGCCCUUCUAAGGUGUUAGAAGAGCCGCGUGUUUGUCUCUUCUCCAAGGACCCUGGUUGCAUUUGCAGUGUAUAAUAUCCAUGAUGCUCUCAUCAGCCUGUAUCAGCAUGGAACUAUACAAAUAUGAAGGGGUUUUUUUAAUUAACAGAAAAUAAAGCUGUGAACAGCGGUAGAAAUAUUGUAUUUGUAUACAUUUUUAAUAUCCCGAUUGCCUUAAACUAUAGAUGUAGAACUUUAUUACCUUGCUAUUUGAAAAUAACCUGUGUUUGUAACUAAAUAAUUGUUUAACCUACAUACAGUGUUAAUGCAAAUUAUAUGUAUGCAUCUGUUAGAUAUUGUCACUUUAUUUGAUGUUAAAAUAUUUCAGUUUUUGAACUACAAAUUGAAUAAUAACCUUGUAGCUAAACUCAGUCGUUUCUUGUAUAUGCUUUAGGUUAUAUACGCAAAUAGUGCCAACACUUGAAGUGGGGAGAGGAAAUAUAUUUUUACCCAAAUG